GCACUCUUAGCACAGACAUUUCUGGAGCCAAGGUUUUCAACAGCAAUGAAUACCUCUGUGUCUACAGAAAUGUCAGAGUGUGGGGCUGACUGUGCCAAGUUUCAGAAGAGUGAGCUGGAGUACAAGUUUAAUCGGAAAGCCUUGGAGAGGCCAUAUACUUCGAAGCACUCCUGGGGGAAGACGUAUGGGGAGCACAAGCGCCACCUGGAAUUCAGCCACGCUCAGUACAAGGAGCUGCAGAGAUAUGCCGAGGAGGUGGGCAUCUUCUUCACUGCCUCUGGCAUGGAUGAGAUGGCAGUUGAAUUUCUGCAUGAAUUGAAUGUUCCAUUUUUCAAAGUUGGAUCUGGGGACACUAACAAUUUUCCUUAUCUGGAAAAGACAGCCAAAAAAGGCCGCCCAAUGGUGAUCUCCAGCGGGAUGCAGUCUAUGGACACCAUGAAGCAAGUCUAUCAGAUUGUGAAGCCCCUCAACCCCAACUUCUGCUUCCUGCAGUGCACCAGUGCAUACCCGCUCCUCCCUGAGGAUGUCAACUUGCGCAUCAUCUCGGAAUAUCAGAAGCUCUUCCCUGACAUUCCCAUAGGGUAUUCUGGGCAUGAAACAGGAAUAGCAAUCUCUGUGGCUGCUGUGGCUCUGGGGGCCAAGGUUUUGGAGCGUCAUAUAACUUUGGACAAGACCUGGAAGGGCAGUGACCACUCGGCCUCGCUGGAGCCUGGAGAGCUGGCAGAGCUGGUGCGGUCUGUGCGCCUUGUGGAAAGGGCCAUGGGCUCCCCAACCAAGCAGCUGCUACCCUGUGAAAUGGCUUGCAACGAGAAGCUGGGCAAGUCUGUGGUGGCCAAAGUGAAAAUUCCAGAAGGCACCAUUCUAACACUAGACAUGCUGACUGUGAAGGUGGGUGAGCCUAAAGGCUACCCUCCUGAAGACAUCUUUAGCCUGGUGGGCAAGAAGGUCCUGGUCACUAUUGAAGAAGACGACACCAUCAUGGAAGAAUCUGUAGAAAACCAUGGCAAAAAAAUCAAGUCUUAAAAUAAAGUGCCAUUCUCUGAAUUCUGAA